CUGUGAACAAUCUUUAAAACUGGAGCGGACAUGACGUCAUUACUUUCGUUUCCUCCAUUCACCGUAACUCUGCACGAAAGACGAGAAGUGAACAGAAGUGAGCAGUAAAUGUUUCCUGCAGCGACGUGCGGAUGGAGAACAGGAGAAACAUGGUGGAGGUUUUGGGGGUUCCAGAUGUUUUACCAGCUGCGAGGAUAAUUGAUAAACUGCAGGUUCAUUUCCUCACAGCCAAGCACGGAGGAGGAGAAGUGCUGAAGGUGUUGUACCCUUGUUAUCGGCCCGGACAGGCCUUCAUCAUGUUUGAGGAGCCGGAGGUUGCUGCUCGUGUCUUGAGAAAGAGCCCUCACGUGUUGGAGGUGGAUCAUCAACAGUAUAGUUUAACAGUGAAAGCAGCGGACUGUCCUCAGAUGGACUUCCCAGUGGAGGCAACGGUACAUUUGAAAGAUUUCCCAGAUAAGAAAGUGGUUCGAGAAAUCCUCAAGUCACAUGGCUUUGCAUUGACGGAUCUGAGCAGCGAUCAGGUACGUGUCAAGGGUUCAUUUUUGAAGCUCGGAGUUGUCAAGGCCUGUUUGGAGCAGCGUCCUCACUCACAAACCCAGACCAGGAUAAUACCGUACUCUUCGCCGCUCCAGAGGGUUUCCUCUGGAGCAAUACCCAAAAACUACACCAACAUCAGCUCAGAUGUGUCAGAUAGUAGAAGAAAACACUUAGGAUACAGAGACAAGCCUCCGCAUGCUUCACCAUCUUCACCAUCUUCACCCACCACUUCCUCAUCUUGGGCAUCUGGCUCUUCCCACAACCGUCCCACCUCUGUAGAGUACAGAGCUUCUUUGUCUCCGAGACCAGACCAGCAUACGUCACUCAAGCGAGGGACAGAGUCUUUUCUCAUUGACGCAGAUGUGUUUAAAUAUGCUCUACGCUUCAGGAAAAAAGAUAUCAACGUCAUCCUGGACAGCCAUGACGUUAGACUAGAAGAGUUUCAGGUUGGCGAUAGCUUUAACAUCACUUUACAAGGGAAGAGUGUGAAGAUGGCUGUCGGUAAACUACAGAGCCUUUUGAAUGAUCUCAGCAAAUCCCUUCGCACUCAGGAAGUUCCUCUGAAGGACAUUGAUCGUGACAGCCAGGCUCUUUUAGAGAGAAUUCAGAAGGAGAAAGACAUUUAUAAGUCAGUGCUCGUCUGUCAGAUGAAAGACAGACUUCACCUCAUAGGACCGUCUGACGAGAGCUACGAGUUGAAGCAGAGGCUGUCUGGGAGGCCGGUUUACGCCUCGGGACGUACAGGGAGAACAUUCGACAGAAACUCUAGGAACAGGAGCAGCUCUCUGCCGCCACUCACUCGAAAGACCGCAGGAAGAGAAAGGGAUGCCGUCGCUAAUCCAUCUCCCGUCGGAGCCCGAGGUUAUUCUCCCUCAAAGUACCAGGACGUUAAAGAGGAAGUUGCUGAGCCCAAGCGGGGAGCUGCUGCUCGUUUUGGUGGAGCUGCUUUGGGAAGAAGCCAAUCUGAGUCCCGUGAGAAAGCCCGGGCAGAGAAGGCUAAUUACUACACACAAGAGACAAAAACUGAAAAACCUCCUUCUAAUAUUUUGAGAAAACCCUUGUUAAAGCUAGUAACUGGAAAAGAAAUAAAGCAAAAACUAAAAAGAUGGAGACUAUGAGCAGCUAAUCUAUGUUCAUUAAAGUAGACAGACAACACUGAAACUUUCCUUUUUUGACUCAAUUUACAUUUUUGGUUUUUUUUAACCACAUUAUGUGUAUAAAUAUUUAUUAUCUGUCCUACUGAGUAAUAGGUUUGUAUGUGCAGUUACAUGAUGUUGUAUUAAUAGAGCCUGACUGAUACUGGAUUUUUGAGGCUAUAAUAAUACCAAUAGAUGAGUCAAAGGACAGAACUCCUCAUGCACAGCCGGUUCAGUCAAUAGAUGAAAGUUAAAGGAACUGUUCAACAUUUUGGGAAUCACACUAAUUUGCUUUCUUCAGCAGGAAAGCAAAUACUGUAUAAUUUCUCAAAAUAUGGUACUAUCCCUUUAAAAAGAUUAGAUAACAAUAUAUAUUGGCUGAUAUUCGUGGGAAGGAUCCUUUAAAUUUACUUUCCAAAUGACACCUGUUGUAUUUCUGUUCUGCAAUUUCAUUUUCCUUAUCAGCCAAUAUCUACACCGAUAUCUACAUAUCUGUGAUAAGCUAAAAUUCCCCGAUAAUAUUGUUUAAUGUCCACAGUUUGGCUCUAUUAAAUGAUUAUUUUUGAAGUGUAAAAUUGAAAUGAAGUCAGAUUGAUGUGUUUUGUUGUGUUUUACUCUACUGAUGUCAAUUAUUUAUUACACUUGCACAAUUACAAUCUGUAUAUGAUGCAAUUUAUGAAACAAAGGGCUAUUAUUAUACAAUGAAUAUUACAGAUUACACUCAUCUUCUUCUGUCCUGAGUAUGUUUUUUUACCACCUUUGACUGACAUCUCUCACAUAUUUGUUUUUUUCAUUAUUACCAGCUGCCUGCACUGUAUAUUGGUGAUCUGGGAAUCAUUAUACACCUGUAUUCUGGAUAAUGUAAUACAUGUCAAUUAUGUAAAUGGGGGGAAAUUGUAGUAAAGAUGGCAAUUAAUUACACAAAUGGCUCCCCAAAUACGUUUAGGCCGUUAAAAAAACACGAACAUUAAUAAUAAACUUCCAUUGGUGAUUUGAA